AUGAUAAAAGAUUGUAUUGAGUAUGCGAAGGCAUGUCAGGAAUGUCAGAAACAUGGUUCGAUACAACAAAUUCCAGCGGCUGAAUUGUAUUCAAUAAUAAAGCCAUGGCCAUUUAGAGGUUGGGCUCUGGAUUUGAUUGGAUUGAUCCAUCCUCCUUCAUCAAAACAACACAAGUUUAUUUUAGUGGCUAUUGUCUAUUUCACAAAAUGGGUUGAAGCAGUUCCAUUGGUAGAAGUUGGUCAAAAUGAAAUAAUAGACUUCGUUGAGGAACAUAUUAUCCACCGAUUUGGAAUUCCUCAGACGCUAAGUACUGACCAAGAAACUAUGUUUACUGGCCAACGAAUUAAAAAUUUUGCGGCUUCGAGAAGCAUUAAUAUGAUUACUUCAACUCCUUAUUAUGCACAAGCUAAUGGACAAGUAGAGACGGCAAAUAAGAUAAUGAUAAUGUUACCAUUAGAAAUUAAUUUGAAUACUUUAAGAGUAUCGAGACAGAAUGAUUUGCCAGUUGACGAUUAUUGGAAUGCAAUGUUCGAUGAGUUAAAUGAAUUGGACUCAGAGUGA